AUGGCGUCCAUCACGGCCACGGUGACGGAGGUCGUCAAUCAGACUGUUACCCGGACAGUGGCUUCGGCUUCGGCGACGAGCACCAUGAGGGCAACUCCCCAGGGCGGCGUUCUGGAGGGUGCGAAUCCUACUCACUGGGAUUCAAAGAACCCCAUUGUCCUCUUCAUCAUCCAAGCCGGUAUCAUCAUCAUCUUCUGCCGUCUCCUCCACUGGCCUCUAUCCAAAAUUCGACAACCACGAGUCAUCGCCGAAGUGAUUGGAGGUAUCUUGCUUGGCCCCUCAGUCUUCGGACGCAUACCGGGCUUCACCGAUGCCAUCUUCCCAACCGCAUCGAUUCCCAGCCUCAACCUCGUGGCGAACUUGGGACUGGUCCUCUUCUUAUUCUUGGUGGGCCUCGAAGUGGAUCUUAGAUUCUUCUUUGCGAACUGGAAAGUUGCGUUGAGCGUGGGUGCCGCUGGCAUGGCGUUGCCCUUUGGGUUGGGCUGUGCGAUUGCUUGGGGUCUGUACAAUGAGUUCAGGAACGAGCCUGGGACUGUGCCUAUUGAGUUUGGGACGUACAUGCUCUUUAUUGGUAUUGCAAUGGCUAUCACGGCUUUCCCCGUCCUGUGUCGUAUUCUGACGGAACUGAAACUGCUCAACACCCCCGUUGGUGUCAUCACACUCUCCGCUGGCGUUUCCAACGACGUUGUUGGCUGGAUUCUGCUCGCGUUGUGUGUGGCACUGGUCAACGCUGGAAGCGGACUGACAGCUCUCUGGGUUCUACUAGUCACUAUCGGAUACGGGCUGUUCCUCUUUUUCGCCGUGAGGCCCGUUUUCAUGUGGUACCUGCGCAAAAGUCGAGCUCUACAAGACGGCCCAUCUCAAAGCGCAGUGGUCAUUACACUCCUCAUCGCGUUGGUAUCUUCGUUCUUCACCGCUGUGGUUGGUGUGCAUGCGAUCUUUGGAGCUUUCAUGGCUGGUCUGAUCUGUCCACACGAAGGAGGUUUUGCCAUCAAACUCACUGAGAAGAUCGAGGAUCUGAUCACGGCGCUGUUUCUGCCGCUCUAUUUCGCACUCUCUGGACUCUCAACCAACAUUGGACUGCUGGACAACGGAAUUACUUGGGCCUACGUUAUUGGAGUCAUUGCAAUUGCGUUCAUCGCAAAAUUCAUUGGCGGAACAUUUGGAGCGAAGAUUAACGGCUUGGUCUGGAGGGAAUCAUUCACCAUCGGAGCACUUAUGUCCUGCAAGGGUCUUGUCGAGCUGAUCGUCUUGAACAUCGGAUUGCAAGCUAAGAUCUUGAGCAUCCGGACAUUCACGAUCUUCGUGGUCAUGGCACUGGUCACAACCUUCGCGACAACACCUCUCGUGCAAGCUCUCUACCCCGAAUGGUAUCAGCGAAAACUGGAAGCCUGGAAACGAGGAGAGAUCGACUGGGAGACUGGCAAGCCAAUCACGGACGAAGCGACCGAUCUCGACAGCAUCGCGCUGCAGAAGUCUGAAUUUGCUAAGAUCAGAAACUUACUUGUGUAUUUGCGACUCGACAAUAUGCCCACUCUGCUGGCGUUCGUGUCACUUCUGGGCGACAAGUCUACGAAACCGACUGCGAGGCAUCAUCCAUCCAAAGAUCAGCACGAAGACGAGACGCCUGAUUUGUCAACGCAGAGGAAGGUCGCUGUCCACGGUGUCCGCCUCGUGGAGCUGACAGAUCGUGGCUCGGCGGUCAUGAAAGUAUCGGAAGUCGACGAAUACUCCGCCUUCGAUCCAGUUCUGAACGCCUUCCGCGUGCUUGGGCAGCUGUUCAAUCUCUCAGUUUCUGGCGAGGUGGCUGUUCUGCCGGAAUCCGGCUUUGCUGACACACUCGUCGACAAGGCAGUGGAAGAGUCAUCCGAUCUCCUGUUGAUCCCUUGGAGCGAGACCGGCACCCUAUCAGAGCAGCAGACCGUCUCAAACGACAACGUCAAGCACAAGCUCUCGAGCGACCAGUACAAUGCAUUCGUCCAGAAGGCAUUGGACUCCACGCAGUGCAAUACUGCCGUUUUCAUCAACAAGGGCUUCAGCGGCUCUCUCAAAGCAAGACCGGCCUUGUCACGCACCCUGAGUAGCUUCAGCGUACGCAGUGGGCGCGACCAUCCGACAACGCUCCUGAACGUGGAUCGAAGUCAUCACAUCUUCAUGCCAUUCUUCGGCCUCGGCUUGGAUGAUCGUGUAGCCCUUCGCCUCGUGCUGCAACUGGCAGAGAACCCAGAAGUCACCGCCACGAUCGUACACUACGAAUCCGACGACGCCAUCGGCAACGCACCGCCACAAGAACUUACUUUGGACAAAAAAGAUGAGACAUCAGAUAGCAAGAAACCCCAACUACGCACCGCGGGAUCCACCGCCUCCAGCGGCAACGAGCACGCCACGUUCUUCUCUGCCAUGCAGAAAUCCCUCCCAGAGGAACUGGCUUCUAGGGUGGUCUUCGAUACCGUCCACACGUCCAAUGCACUCGACGACGCGUUGGGUCGAGCACAGGUAGAAGUCGCACAGAAUCCCAGGAACGGCGGAGACGUUGUCGUCGUCGGGCGUCAUAUCGGUCAUUUCAAGAAGACGUGGCAGAGCUCGAAUUGCCUGGGUGCGUCUGCGGAGACUUUCGCGGACAGUGGCAUCAGGGCCAGUAUUCUUGUUGUUCAGGCGAGGGGGAGCAGCGUGGAAUAG